AUGGAGAAAAGAUCAUCGGCUUUGAUUCUUUUUUUCCUACUUCAAUUUCUGAAUCUUUCACUUUCAUGGGGUGCUUCAGAUUCAGUCUAUAAAACGUUUCUCCAAUGUUUAACGCAACAAACAAACUCCACAGAUGAACUCUCAAAGAUAGUCUACGCCCAAACAAAUCCGUCUUACGCUUCAGUUUUACAGGCGUAUAUCCGAAACGCCCGUUUCAAUGACUCCGAAACGUUGAAGCCUUUAAUCAUCAUAACUCCAUUACAGGAAUCCCAUGUUCAAGCCUCGGUGAUUUGCUCCAAACAAGUUGGUUAUCAGCUUAAAAUCCGCAGUGGCGGCCAUGACUAUGAGGGCAUAUCAUACAUUUCUGAAAACCCGUUCUUUAUUCUUGACAUGUUUAAUUUACAGUCAGUUUGUGUUGACAUCAAGGACGAGUCUGCGUGGAUCGAAGCGGGAGCUACAUUGGGUGAAGUUUACUUCAAGAUUUGGGAGAACAGUAAAGUACACGGCUUUCCCGCCGGCGUUUGCCCCACUGUUGGCGUUGGUGGGCAUUUGAGCGGUGGAGGAUACGGCAACAUGAUUCGAAAAUUUGGCUUGUCAACUGAUAAUGUUGUUGAUGCUAAGAUUGUUGACGUCAAGGGGAGAAUUCUCGAUCGUCAAGCGAUGGGGGAGGAUCUUUUUUGGGCGCUUAGAGGAGGCGGCGGAGCCAGUUUUGGCGUUGUGCUGUCGUAUAAGAUCAAGUUGGUACCGGUUCCUGAAACAGUUACCGUUUUCAGAGUUGAGAGAUAUGUAGAAGAAGAUGCGACGGAAAUGGUUUAUAAAUGGCAGCUUCUGGCCCCCAAGACAGAUAAAAAUUUGUUCAUGAGAAUACUUUUGCAGCCGGUGACGAGGAACAAGACGAUGACUGUUAGAGCAACGAUUGUGGCAUUGCAUUUAGGAAGAGCUGACAGUCUUGUGUCCCUCUUGGCUAAUGAUUUUCCUGAACUGGGGCUGAAGAAAGAAAAUUGUAUGGAGAUGAGUUGGAUUGAUUCAGUUCUUUGGUGGAGUAAUUUCGAUUAUGGCACUAAACCUGAUGCCUUGCUUGAGAGGAAUCUUGACAAGGCUGAUUUUUUGAAGAGGAAAUCGGAUUACGUUCAGAAGCCGAUUCCAAGAUUUUCCCUGAACUUGCUAUGGAAAACUAUGGUGGAAUUGGGGGAAACUGGAUUGGUUUUCAAUCCUUACGGAGGAAGAAUGGAUGAAAUUCCGCCGUGGGAGACGGCGAUGCCACACAGAGCUGGAAACUUGUUCAAAGUUCAGUAUUCGGUGAGUUGGCAUGAGGCUGAUGUUGAGCUUGAAAAGAACCGCACAGCUCAAGCGAGGAGUCUUUACAGUUUCAUGACUCCAUUUGUGUCAAAAAAUCCAAGAAGUGCUUACUUGAACUACAGAGAUCUUGAUAUUGGGAUUAAUCAUCAUGGUAAAGAAAGUUAUAGGGAAGGAGAAGUCUACGGAAGGAAGUAUUUUAAUGGGAAUUUCGAGAGAUUAGUUAAGGUAAAGGCGAUGUUUGAUCCUGAAAAUUUCUUCAGAAACGAGCAGAGCAUCCCUCCUCAUUCGUCAUUUACCUAA